AUGGAGGAGCGAAAGCUGAAGAGAAAGAAUCCCAGGACCCCCACAACCACGGCGGCGCAGGCGGGGGCGGCGGCUACAGUGAUGACGGCGACGCCGACUCCCAUAAACGGUUCUGGUCGCAAAAGCGGUUCCUCCACCGUGGGGAAGCAUGUUGGCUACAGUCACGGUGUGGGGCCCCAGUCCAGCCAGAAGAGCAAAAAUAGAAGGGGAGUUCGUGAAAAAUUGAAGUAUCAAGUGGGCGCCGGUGUUCGCGCCAGCCCAAAUCAAAAUCAGGCAGCGCCCAUCAUCCAGCACUCUUUCUUGACGGAUGUCUCUGACGUUAAGGAAAUGGAAAAUGGACUUCUAAGUCUACUGAACGACUUUCACUCAGGGAAGCUGCAGGCAUUUGGUAACGAGUGUUCCAUCGGGCAGAUGGAGCAUGUGCGGGAAAUGCAGGAGAAGCUAGCCAGCCUACACUUUGACCUAUACGGUGAGGAAGAAGAGAUGCAAGAGGACCAGAGGAAGACAGCCCGAGAUACCAACAUGGAUAGGUUGCUUCUCAAUCUGGAGGAGCUCAGUUCAUCUAUCCAGAAACUGAAUUUGACCGACAGCCAAGAGGUUCCGAAGGCUGGCAGCGUGUGA